AUGGUUGGUGAUGCUGUUUGGGUUGUCAAAUGCAUCGAUCACAUUUAUGAGACUUAUGAAUCAAGAGCACAAGCUGUGGCACACUUUAUUGGUUGCAAGAAGACUGCGGAUGCUUCCAACAUAGCCAAACUGUUUUUCAGGGAGGUUGUGUGGUUGCAUGGUGUUCCUAAAUUUAUUACAUCAGACCGUGACACCAAAUUCCUUAGCCACUUUUGGAUAACCUUGUGGAGGAUGUUUGUUACAGACUUGAAUUGUAGUAGCACCACUCAUCCGCAGACGAACGGUCAAACUGAGGUUACCAGCAGAACCCUCGGAGACAUGGGUAGAAGCAUUUGCAAAGAUAGGCCGAAGCAAUGGGACGUUGCCCUGCCACAGGUGGAGUUCGCUUACAACAGUGUUGUUCAUUCUUCCACCAAAAAAUCACCAUUUGCCAUUGUUUACACUUUGGUGCCUAGGCAUGUGGUUGACCAGGUCAAGUUUCCAAGAGCCCAGAAGACUAGUGUAGCUGCUGAAAAUAUGGCCGAAUAG